AUGGACAACAAAUCGCCCACUGAGCCAUCCCCGCCGCUGAGGGCGCAAGUGAAAAAGGAGAACGAAGAAGAAAUCAAGUCCAGCCCAGAACAGGCUACAGAGCAGAAGAACAAAGACGAAUGCUCCUGGUGCAACAAGAACAUCACGAGCGAGAGUGGCGCGCUGCAGCAAGCUGGGGCCACCUUCUGCUCCGAGCUGUGUUUCAGCCAGUCCCGGAGGGCCAACUUCAAGCGCGCCAAGACCUGCGACUGGUGCCGGCAUGUGCGGCAUACGGUGGCCUAUGUGGAUUUCCAGGAUGGAGCUACACAGCUGCAGUUUUGCUCAGAUAAAUGCCUCAACCAGUACAAGAUGCACAUAUUCUGCCGGGAGACGCAGGCGCACCUCGAUCUCAACCCACAUCUGGUCAACGCCUCGUCGUCUUCCAACCUCAUAACCCCUGAGCUUUGGCUCAAAAACUGCAAGAGCCGAUCCGCAUCCCCCACAUCAGAAAGAUCAGGAUCACCAACCCAUGAUAACACAGCAACAAAACCAAACCCAGAAAAGACAGAAACACAAAAGACUCAAGGCAAAAAAUCCCCUUUGCCUUUGAUUACUAUAGCUCCAACUGCCAAACUAAUGAAGCCAAAAGGACCUUCAGAGGAGAGGACCACCGUGCAAAAGUCGCCUGAAACAAAGAAAGAUGGAAGGACAAACAAAAUGAAUCUGCGUAAACGCAGGUCUUCUAAAUGUUCAGCUACAGUUACGUCACAAACGGUGAGGCAGCGGACGUCGACGCCGAAGGCUCAGGACCUGCGGCUGUGCAGCCCUUCAGUCGACGGCUCAUCGCCCACAUCAACGGCUGGCAACAGUGCAAUUCAUUCUCCUCCUCAUCCCAUAAACUCACACGCAGUACCACCGCCACCAUUCCACAAUCCAAUGUUUGGAAUGCCGCCUCCGAUGUAUAUGGAUGGAGGCCCUCACGAUCCGAGACAGCCCAUGUUUCCUCCUAGGUUCAACUUUCUACCGCGACCUGGAAUACCUAUGCAUCAAGAGCGACCGCGCAUUCCACCGCCGUUGAAUUUUCCGCCUCCUCUCGGCCAGGCCCCGCCUGUAACAGUGUUAGUACCUUACCCUGUUGUUCUUCCAAUCCCCAUUCCCAUACCUAUCCCGAUGCCUCUGACGUCGUUCAUCCAAGCGCACUGCGCAAACAAAGUGAAAACAGAAGCCCGGAGUGACGACAACGAAGGACCUUUAGAUUUUACGAUGAAUGGUGAUAAAAAUAGAGAUGAAGCAAAUGGUAUGGAUAGGGAAUCAGAAGCAGAAAUUCCAGGAACCGAAGGCGGUUGUGAACCAAACGGUGAUUUUAAUGAGCGAAUAGAAGAUGAAGAUAAAACUGAAGGCGAAGCCUCCGAGUCUGCAAAUCCUGAACAGACUUUACCGAAGUUCAAAAUAACCAGGUUAGGAAACAAAAUGGCUAAAAUAGUGACUAAACCUAGGGAGCAACCCGAAUCUACCAGACCUCUAAGGAAAAGACGGAGACUGGUUGAAGUCACCACCGACGACGAAGCGCUCAUUCCAAAAACAAGAAAAAUUGUUGAAGUUUAAUUGUAGUGUAAUCUUUAGUAAUCAACUGCAUAAAACAAAAAUAUUUCAAAUAUAAUAUAUUCAAUAAUACAUAUCACAACUGCAUGAUAAUCCGAACACAGUUCAAUAUUCUUUCAAUUUGCUAGUCUUAGGUUUUAAGAUGUUUUAUACAAGCCUACUAACUUUAAAUGUGGCAGUAGCCCAGUAUUACGGUUAUAGAGCAGCUAUGUAGAACAUGUGUAAUUUUAAUCAAAUAAGUCAAAUUAAUGUUUUAGGACCAAUAUACGAAAAUUUAAUAGAUUCGUAUUUGGCCUUUGUUUAUUGUAAUAUAGAGUCCCAUAGUAAAUUAGUGGGUAUGUUCGAAGAAUUAGAGCGCACUGUUUAAUGUGAUAUUAGUAACUUAUUAUAAAAUCUCAAUGUAUGUGAAAUA